AUGAACAACCAGUUUCAUUCAAGUUUAUCAACGUACACGAGACCCGAUUUAUUUCCUACGGGAGACGAUGAUGAAGAGCUUUUUGGUAUUAUGGCCGAAUGUGUUGAUUUGGUUGAACAAGGUGAAUCAUCAAGACCAUACAUACCCCGUAACAUCGUCGAAAGAGAUCGAUAUGGUGCUGACGAGCGCCUAAUGGCAGCUUACUUUAACGAAAACCCAAAGUAUUCGUUGAAGAGCUUUAAGCGACGAUUUCGUAUGUCUAGACCUAUGUUCAUGCGCAUUGUCAACGACAUAAUAUCAUACCCAUCUCGCAAUCCAAGUCCUGUGCCUUUGCAUUUUAAAAGAAUGCAAGACAAGCAGCUUGAUGCCCGAGGAAAGCCUGGUUUCAGCACCAUCCAAAAGUGUGUAUGCGCCAUACGUCAAUUGGCGUAUGGCUACAAUCCCGACUCGCUUGACGAGUAUUUCACAGAUGGGGAUGAAUACUUGCGUAGACCAACACCGAAGGACAUACAACACUUGUACGCUCGACAUGAAGAGCUUCAUGGCUUCCCAGACAUGCUUGGAAGCAUUGAUUGCAUGCACUGGCCUUGA